AUGAAAUGGGGGUGCCUGGGACGAAAGAGGGCAAGUCUUCAGAGACUAAAACUUUCUGUCAAGAACUUGGUGCUGAGCCACCGACCAAUCUGGUUACCACCUGUUACGGUAUUACGCUCCAGUGUCGCCCAUGAUUGGAUAUACGAGUCAGCGCCCGGGUCCAAUACAUUACAGUACGGUAUUGCAUUCCAUUCCAGGUUCCAGGUGACCCGCAUUGUCUUUCAAGAAGGCAUCCUUUUCUCAUCCCUCCCUACCAUAGCAAAUCCCCUCUCUCCUCCCCAACCCUCUUUCGCUGGCUCAUACGCUGUGUGUCGCCAUUCCGCUCGCUCUGUUUCUUUCUUGCUGCACCGGAGGUGCCCGAAUCUUCAUCUCCCGCAGUCUUCCGCCCAACCUCCCGCUUAUUUCGAUCUCGCUCUCGCCCUCGACCGCUUCAUUCACCGACCGCUUCACUUCCAGCAUAUUACCACGGUUGCCUCGUACAAGUAG